UAACAUAAGAACCAUCAAGUUCGACUAUAUAUAUCGGAUGCGUGCACUACACAGGCGAUCAACACACGCAGAGACACAUACUUAACUCUGACCUUCCUCAAAAUCGUGAAAUCAAAGUAACUCCUCCAUCUUUUACAAAAAUCAUAAACGAGAGAAAAAAAUGAAGAAGGUGAUGAUGGUGGUGAUGAUGGUGAUGGUGAUGGUGAGUGAAGCGAGUAUGAUAGAGCAGACAUGCAAAGAAACACCAGACUUCAAUCUCUGUGUCUCUCUCCUCGACUCCGACCCACGUGGCUCCUCUGCCGACACCUCUGGUCUCGCACUUAUCCUCAUCGACAAGAUUAAGGGGUUGGCGACGAAGACCUUGAAAGAAAUCAACGGUCUAUAUAAAAAGAGACCGGAACUGAGACGGGCGUUAGAUGAAUGUAGUCGGAGAUACAAAACGAUCUUAAACGCUGAUGUUCCUGAAGCCACUGAAGCUAUCUCCAAAGGAGUUCCGAAGUUCGGCGAAGACGGUGUGAUCGAUGCUGGUGUGGAAGCUGCUGUAUGUGAAGGAGAAUUUAAAGGAAAAUCACCGCUGACUAGUUUGACCAAAUCAAUGCAAAAAAUCACUAAUGUGACUAGAGCCAUUGUGAGAAUGUUGCUUUGA